UGUCAUUUGAAGAAGAGCGCUAUCUUUUCUCAUGCGCAAUAAAUGUUCCUAUUGGUUGCAGCAAUGUUUUGUUUGGAAUAAAUACUUGCAGAGUAUGAUGAGUAUGCACGUAUAAUAAUUCAAAAUUUCUAUUUCAACAUUCAAGGUUAUUGUUUACAACCUGAGCUGCUGGAAUGAAUGAGGUGCAGUCGAUGUCAAUGUCGCAGGGACUGACAGAAGCUUGGGACACAGUAACAUCUGUACUACUGUCUCCUGUGCCACUGGAUGCCUCAAAUGAUGAGGUUCUCUCUGGUGCUUUGGCCCUGCUGUGUGAGCAUGGACUGAGUCAGUAUGUGGAGGGUUGGCUGCUGGAGACCCUACAAGUGCGUCUGACCACAGCUGUUGCUCCAGAGUUCUGGACUGCACUCAAUCAGCCAGAUAGUGAAUUAGAUCAGAGAGACAGGGUAACGGCUUUACUGGAGGCCUUCAAAAAACUUCUACAACAGCUGAAUCUUUUCCUUGGUGGUUUGGAGAGAUUGGGCUCAUGGCAGGAUGAGGGCCAUGAAGGUCUGUGUGGUCCAGGGGCCCGAGGUCUGACUGAGAGAGCGUUCUCUGUCAUUCGCGCAAUCCUCCUGUUUUCUCCUCCUCCUGUGCUGCAGGAACGGGUGUUGGAGUUUUACAGGCGCACAUUCUCUGUCCACAUGAGUCAGACGGGGGAAGCUGUGGAGGCUGAAGACGGCACGGGUGAACCUAAUUUAGGUGGGUUGUGCCCAGGCUGUGAUUCCCUCCCUCAGCUGUGUUGGUGUCAGGAAGCCCUGCAGAAGCUUCAAGAACUCAGCCACAUACUCUCCCGACUGCAGCUACUGGAGCGUGUGAGCUCAGAGGCCGUAACCAGCAUUCUGCAUAAACGGAUAGAGCAGAGGAUGGAGGAGCGCUGCAGGGGCGAAUACGAAAGCUCUUUUCUCUCAGACUUCAACGAUUGGCUGGGGCGAGUUCUGGGCUGGCUAAGCAGGGUGUUUCCCAAUAAAGUGAAGGAGGUGGGCAACAAUGCCACACUCACUGAUGAAAAGACGGGUCAGCCAGCCAACGCUCUUCUCCACCGCUGGCACUGUCACAUGCAGCAGUUUUUCUGCCGCAUUUAUGUUAACAUGAGGAUAGAGGAGCUGUUUAGCAUCAUACGAGAUUUUCCAGAGUCUAUUCCUGCCAUUGAGGAUCUUAAAUUUUGUCUGGAACGAACCAAUCAGAGGCAGCAGCUCCUUUCCUCCCUCAAAUCAGCCUUUGAGACUCGACUGCUACAUCCAGGAGUCCAUACAUCUGACAUCAUCACUGUUUACAUCUCAGCCAUCAAAGCUCUUAGAGAGCUUGACCCCUCCAUGGUCAUCUUGCAAGUUGCCUGCCAACCCAUUCGCAAGUAUCUCAGAACGCGUGAGGACACUGUGCGUCAAAUAGUCGGCAGUCUGACGGGUGAUGCGGAGGGAUGUAGCGAUCUGGCCAAUGAGCUUUCCCGUGCUGACCCUGUUACUUUGGAGACGCAGGACAGUGAAGAUGAAGCGAGCGAUCCAGAAGAUUGGACUCCAGAUCCUACUGAUGCACUCACAGAUAAAACUGGCUCUAAACGCCGCUCUUCUGAUAUCAUCAGUCUGCUGGUCAGCAUUUAUGGUAGUAAAGAGAUUUUUAUUAACGAAUAUAAGACAGUUCUGGCAGACCGACUUCUGCAUCAGCUCAACUACAACACAGCCAGGGAGAUCCGUAACGUUGAGCUGCUAAAACUGAGGUUUGGUGAAUCUCACAUGCAUUAUUGUGAGGUGAUGCUUAAGGAUGUAGCAGACUCUCGGCGGAUCAACGGUAAUAUCCGUGAGGAGGAGAGCCGUCUCCCUGCAGAGGAACAGCCUACGUUGCCAUUAUCUGCAAUGAUCCUCUCUUCCGAGUUCUGGCCCCAGCUAAAGGAGGAAAAGAUGGAGUUGCCUGCAGUUGUAUCCAAAGCUAUGGAGGACUAUACGCACCGCUUUGAAAAACUCAAGGCCAUGAGGACUCUGAGAUGGAAGCCUCAUCUGGGCUCUGUUACGUUGGACGUGGAGCUCGAGGACAGAACCAUCUCAAACCUUACUGUGUCUCCUAUCCAUGCUGCCAUCAUUCUACAUUUCCAGGGCAAAGGCACAUGGACCUUGGAAGAGCUGAGUGGCAUUCUCGGCAUGCCGCAAGAGAUGGUGCGCAGGAAGCUGGCGUUUUGGCAGCAGCAGGGCGUCCUGCGAGAGGAGGCUGGUGGGCGCUAUACCAUACAAGAGACGAGUUCCUGCAGAGAGAGAACUGACAGAAGCGUUAUGCUUAUAGACAGUGAUGAAGAGGGAGACUCCAAUACUACAACACAGUCUGAGCAAAGAGAGGAGAAACUACAGUUGUUCUGGGCUUACAUUCAGGCCAUGCUGACUAACCUGGAGAGCAUGACUUUGGAGAGGAUACACUCCAUGCUGAGAAUGUUUGUGGCUGCCGGGCCUGGUGUCACUGAGAUGGACGUGAAUGAGUUACAGGCCUUCUUGCAGAAGAAAGUCAGAGACCACCAGCUUAUCGUCUCUACUGGUGUCUAUAGACUACCCAAGACCACUCAAUAACUAUUAACGAGUGACUGGAGACAAAUUGCCUUGUUUUGUUCACAUAAUAAACAUAAUGUGCAACAUAAUAAAUUGUCGACCCUUGUACUCUAAUCCGAUCUUAU